AUGACUGCUGAAAGUGUUCUGCAUCUCUAUUUCGGCAAAACCGCCGAAGAUUUUCACGCAGCAUUCCGUGCACACUCAUCUUCUGGCUCGCAGACAUCUCAGAGAGCCUUUUCUUCUUCCCUUCUUGAACCAGUUUCCAGUUCCUCAGGCAGUAAACCAUCAGUUAAUGUGUUUCAUAGUCUCUCAAUUCGUUCCAAUUACUACUGCAAUCUCCCCCAUACCCAGUCUCAUUCCAACUACGUAGCAGACCCCAUCGCGGAGAUGUGCAAUCAGGCUGAACGCACAGUUGUUCAUGAUCUUGAAGUUUCAGCCGGUCGGGCUCGAUCAGUGGGUUCACCUCUUCCUCUAGAUGCUAUUACGGGCUUCGAAACGGGUUGUCAUCUCAAUGGAGAGUCAAAUGUGGUGCUUCUGAUUGGCUGGAAGACAGUGCACCCAAUUGCCUUGCCGUCGGUUAAUGAAAUGUUCAAUUGGGCUGAAGUGCUGGAGCAAAUGCUGAUUGGUAAGUGA